UUGAUUUUUACAGGUAGUGAAAGUAAAAGGGUCACUUGGGCUGAUCUUACAGUGAAAGUACCAAUUAAAAAGAAAUCAUUCUUGGAAUAUUUUAGCUUUAGUACAAAACCACAAAAAACGAAAACUGUGCUCAGCAAAGUUUCUGGCUACGCAUCACCUGGAACUUUGCUUGCUGUUAUGGGAAGCAGGUAUUUUCUUGUACUCAAAAUAAAUAUCUUUAAAAAUUCACUGUUUUUCACAAGGUAUAAAUAUUUUAAUAGUACUUUUAGUAGAAAUAAUAAUUCCAAUUACAGUGGAACAGGUAAGACAGUUUUAUUGAACGCACUGACAAUGAAUGCGGCAAACGAUUUUAUUGUUGAAGGUAUUUAUGCUACUAAAAUAAAUAAAUAA